AUGCGCCGCCUCGGAAAAGCGCUUGCGCUUGCACUGGCCGUGGCCAUCACAGCCCUCUUCUUCGCGAGGUAUUUCCUCGGCCGUGGCAACGACGCGCGCCGACGGGCUGGAAAGCAGCUCCUGUACUGGCUGCAUGAAGAUGCAGCUGAACAGCCGCCUGAACAAGGCCAAGUGGAUGAUCACCCGGCAGCCCACGAAGUCGCCAGCGCAGGAGGCCACAAGACAGGGCAUACACCAGUGGACAAGCAGCCCUCUGAACCACCUGGAAGUGAUGGGGCUCCGGGAAGCAUGUGGCUUGGGAAUCUGCCCUCCAAAGAUCUCUCUGCCGCCGAGGUGGCCCAGAUGGCAGCCCCCCCGGCGACGCCUCGGGCCUCGAGGAGGCACGACUUCGUCCUCUGUGCGAACGUGGCAGGAACGCUGGGCAGCUCGCUGCAGGCGGCCAAGGCCUUCUUCACCAUUGCCUCCAGGCUUCAGCAGAGGGGAUGGCGGGUUCGCGUGGUUCUACCGGCCGUCGGCGGCACCGAAUUUGACAACUUUCGCCUGGAUGAGAAGAAUGGCACCUCCUUGGGCAGGGUGCUGGAUUUGACACCGCUUCGCAAGCUCUUGGACAUUGACGAGGACUCUGGCGCCUCGAUCGAGCCGCGGAAGAAGGUUUGCUGGGAGAAGGGCUGUGACGUCUCUGUGUUCAGUCUGGUGAAUGUCCGGAAUGAGCAGCUCCGAACUGUGACAGUUCCGCACAUCUGGCUAGGGCCCGGGUACGAGCGGUGGAUGUUCGAGCAGCUAUUCGACAAUCUGGGGACACUUGCGAAUGCACCCAACUUCACUGAUGUGAUCCGCGUGUUCUGGCAGAUGCGCAGCUCCAGCCCCACCGAGUGCAGCCCGUUUGUGUAUCCAGACCUGGCAUACGAGGUGGGCCAGGCCAUGCGCCUGAAGCCCCCAGAGCAAGUCGAGCGCUGCGCGUUCGUCUACGUCGGCCCCAUCAUCCGCCGGGAUCGGCUCUGGCACUUGCGCCCGGGUCCCAACUACACGCAGUGGUGUCCGCAGUGCUCGCUGCCAGACCUUCCCGCCUGGGUGAAUGCCACCGGCUGGAGGAUUGGCUCGCUACUCAAAGCGCAGCAGCUCACCUGCGCCAAUUUCUAUGUUCGGCUCCUGGGCCUGAACAGCACGGAGUUUCUCCAGCUCAUCCAUGAUGGGGCGGCCAAAGGGGGCGUCCCCUUUCAGGCUUCGCGGAUCAAGAAAAGGCCAUGCCGACUUUGUAUGGAGUCCAACAUGGAGAUUCUGCAGCGUGCAGCGGCGUCUCCCCUGCUGGUAGCAGAGUACGGCUCCUUCUGGCCGGACACCCCAGCCAAGCAAGUUCUCGCACGUGGCGCAACCGUUGCCUACCUCCAUGGGGACGUCUUGGCACGAAUGCGUAUGUCAAGCCUGCAUGAGAAGGCGAGCGAAGCCGGGUUGGAUCCUGGCAGAGACCUUGAUACGCGGAACGACGUGGCAUUCAGCCUUCUGAGCUGCAAGGACGGGGUUAUCCACCGCGGAAAGUGUAUCGACCACAGAAGCUCGGCAACUUCAGUUGUCCAAUCGCAUCAGCCCUGGCAGUAUGAUGAGAAGCAAGUGUUUGUUGUGAGGAUUGCUGGCCUGAAGACCAUCCCGGAUGACGGCAGCCGGAUGGAUCUUGCUGACAUCAGCGACUCCCCAGCGGUUCAUACCAUGGGCACACUUUGCCCAACGACGAGCUCCCAAUGGCUCCCGCAUGGUGGACGAGCUGCGGACAGAGCUUGCGGCACAAUCUGGCUGCAGGUGAAGCCAGCAGUCCGAGGAGGUGCCAACCUUUUCAACGACUUCAGCCCCCAGGCUGCCAUGAUGAACCUCAUGCAGAGCAUUGGCCUCAGCAUCCGCUGUCGGGCCGCACUUCAUGCCAUGUGGGUAGUAGGUGACGUGGAUGACGAUGAGGUCGACCAGCAUGCAGCCGGUGAAUCGGAAGCCAUCUACGAAGUAUACAAGCCCUUGGCGGAGUUGGAAGAACGUUUGCAAGGCGGCUCCAGCACGGACCUCGCGAGCCGCCUCAGCGAGGCGCUCGCGACCCGGAGUAACCUGCAGCGGAAGGUGGAGAAAGCUUUAGAAGGUCUCUGCGUGGUCGGGCGCUUCGUCGUUCAGAGCUCGACCGAAACCUCCGAGCGAGUGGCCCGAGCCCACCUGGUCGUCGAGAGGGGUCCGCAGCUGCUGCUGAACCGCGUGGUCAGAGUCUACACUUUGCAAAAUCGGAACCGUGCUCGCCAAGGAGAUGAAGUCUGGGUGGAGUUGCGACACUGCGUCCUCGACAGCGCGGUGAUGGCCCUUAGAAGUGGCAGCCAGACGCCGGAGCAGCUGCUGGGCUACUGCUGCCUGUUCGGCCGUGUUCUUCGCGCCGAGCGGGCCUUGGAGCAGGUGCCGGCACGCACAGACUAUUUGUGCAAGCAAUCGCAGAUUCAGUGGCAGCGUGGGCGGCUCGUCUUCAUCCCCUUCUCUCAAGAGGUGCCGGUUCUCCAGGUCGAAACUGACAGCCAGCAGCAACUUCCACUGGACCGAGUUUUUCGUUUAAGGAUUGUCGACUGGCCAGUGACGUCUCUGCGGCCGAAAGCACAGAUUGUGGACUCCUUCCGACAUCCUGGGGGUUGCAGGGAUAGCCCGGAGAGCAUCGUGAGGCUCUUCUGCCAGGACCUGGAGCAUGCGCUGCCGGAGAAGCCUGCCGCCGCAGCAUCGCGCCCGCCCCGCAGCGUCCAGGAGGAGCGGCGAGACCUUUCAAAUUCAGAAGUCUUCUCUAUAGAUUCAGCGGGGGCAGAUAUGAUAGAUGAUGCGCUCGAAUUCGAUGAGCAGCAGGGAGUAGUCCGAGUGCACAUUGCGGAUGUGGCGGCCUUUGUGAAGUCUGGCAGUCCGGUGGACAGAGAGGCUGCUUACAUGGGUUGCAGCAUCUACCUCCGCAAUCAUUGUGACACAGUUCAGUGGUGCCGACCGAUGCUGCCCGAGAACAUCACGGAAGCGGCCUGCCUGGCCAAGGGCCAGAGGCGCCCAGCGCUGACCUUCGAGUUCAAGAUGAACCGAGGCAGAUGGCGGGCUGGCGAGGUAAGCUUCCAGCAGUUCUUCCGCUCCACCGUGCAGCUUCGAGAGGCCAUGUCCUUCGAGGAGGCAGCGCAGGUCCUCCGGGAGGAUGCGGCGCCCGGAGGAGUCCGUGGGGCCAUGCAAGCGCUGUGGGAUGUGACCAAGAAAGCCAUGACGCAACGCCUGCAGACAGACGAGGCCUACGCCCUGAGAUGCCCGUGGCUGCAGGACACCGGCGAGGCAUCGAAUGCGCGCCGGCUGGUGGAGUUUUGGAUGACGCAGGUGAACGAGUGCAGCGGCCGCUUGAUUUCUGCACGUCGCACGAGUGUCCUGCAGUGCCUUCACUGCUUUCCAUGCCCAGAUGGCAACCACUUCUCCAGGCUCUCGAUGCUCUGUCGGGAUGCCACCUUCCGAGCUCUUCAGAGAGAGGGACAUGAAAGCCUCAUCACCAAGCUUCACGAGUCUGCAAACAGUUGCCAAGAGAGCGUGGCUGGGGUCCUGAACCACGCGCUACGGCUUGCUGCAUCUCCGACUGGUGCGGCCAGCUGGAGCACCGACAGCAGCCAGCACAUCUUCGGAACCGAGCAAUGUCAGGCAGCAGCUGUCUUUCGACAUCAGCUCAGUCAGUGUGUUCCGCCAGCCUACUAUCUGACGAUGGACGGGGCCACGCCACCGAUGCAGUGGCCGCUUCUGCAAAGCUGCGAGUACUUUCAGGUGACGUCACCCCUGCGGCGCUGGAUUGACCUGCUUGGGCAGCACCUGCUUGUGGGAUCCUUCAAGCUGAACUUUGAUGCCCUGCGCCGCAACGUCCAUCGCUACAACGAAAUGCACUCCUUCGCAAAACAGGUGUGUUCCCGAUACGCCUUCCUAACGUUCUGCACGGACCUGCUCAAGUCCGAGCGCAAGAUGAACUGUGUUGUGAGCCGGGUGGACCAGGGCUCGAUCCAGUUGGCGUGCCCAGAAAUGGUGGGCUUCUUUCGAAGCAUUCAUAUACCACUGGGGCUGCUGGCAAGCCAUGAUGUUGCUGUACGCCCCGUGGUGGAGGAGAAGAAGGCACUUCUUUGCAAUGUGGAGGAUGGGCAAAGUGUGGAGAUCUGCCCGUUCAAGACAAAGAUGGUGGCGCAGCUGGCGCUGGACGUCUCCAGCCCGGUUGCCCUGUAUCGACUCACGGCCUCCGCCAUCUUCAUCUCCCUGCCCAACGGCCAUCUGCUGCGCCAUGCCAUUCUCGCCCGGCAGCACCCGGAAGUGUUCGGCCCGUACCCUGACCUACGGCAAGCCCGGAAGAUGCAUUCGGAGGGCGGCCUCUGGGGCUCCGUGUGGGAGCAGGUGCAGUUGUCCCGAAUGUGUGCAGCUGCCUUGAUGCCGCGAGCAAGGGCAGUGGCGCCCUACUACAUGACCACGUCAUGCCGGGGGCUGCCGAGCCAAUGGUUUCCAGGCCGAAGAGGCAACUGCGUGCAGGUGCAGGUGCCGGCCUGCUACCGUGGCCUUGAAGGUCUCCAUCGCCUGAGGGAAGGACACUUGGCGAUUAUCUGGCGCAGUGGCAACAACCAGGAGCUCUGGACAGGGUACGGCCGCGUCACGCACAUCGAUAGCACGGAGCGGAUGAAGCGGAAGACACAGCUCUGUUGGCACUACAUGGAGCACGGCACCUGCAGCCAGCCUGAUUGUUGGUUUGCCCACGGUGAGGAUGACAUUCGAGAGGAGCUUAUCAAGGCGACCAUCACCCUUAGCAAGUGUUCAGAAGACUCCAUGCCAGACUGGGCAUCGGAAAUCGAAACGAACAUGGACGUCUACUUUGCGGCAAUCUUCACCCAUGAUUUGCAGAGUCUUAAAAGCAUCAAAGACUCAGCCAACAUGGCCAGAGACCAUCAGCGAGAUGGUCGGAAAUCCAUCAUCAACCGACUUCUCUUCAAGGCUGGAGGUGUGGGAGGCCAGGCUGGGUGGCAAGACGACGAGGACGGCGGCACGGACAUGGGCUCAGCGGAGGGCCUGGCGCCACUGAACACCUUCCAGCAGAAGGGCCUUGACCUUGCCCUGAAGGAGCCACUGGCCUACGUCCAAGGCCCGCCUGGCACGGGAAAGAGCACCACUGCGGCAUAUCUGAUCUGCCACCUCCUGAAUCGGCUGAGCAGGCAGCGAAAGGAACGCCCGACGGCGCCCUCUCUGCUCGUCUGCUGCCCAUCCAACAAGGCUUGCGACCGGCUGCUCCACCUGCUCUUGCGCACCAACAUCGCCGCGACCGUCCGGAUCGUUCGGGUUUAUGCCAGAUCCAUUGAGCGCUCGUAUUGGGCGGAGCCGCACGCGCAGUUUCGUCGCGACUACCAGAUCGAUCCCGAGCUGUGCCCAUAUGCUUUGCACGAGCAAGUGAUGAGGGAGGACGCGGACCUUUACCAGCUCUUCCAGGACAUCGCGUCCCAGCUGAAAAACGCCGGUGCCCGAAAAGACAUGAUCGCUGAGCGGCUGAAGCUGCAUGACGCCCUGAAGCAGGCUCGGCAACAGAAGGACAAGCUGUCAAAGCAGCUGCUGAAGCAGGCCAAUGUGAUCUUCACCACUUGCGACUGUGCGUCGAACGACAAGCUCUUUGAAAAGAUGACCUACCCAGCAGUUGUCAUUGACGAAGCGGCGCAGGCUGUGGAGUUUGAGCUCGCCAGCUGCUGCAUUCUUGCGGAGGAGCACUUGGCCCUUUUUGGAGACCACCUCCAGCUCGGCCCCGUGCUGACGGAGACGACUCUGUUCCCGGCCUUCAGGCGCAUGUUCACCAGAUCACUCUUCGAGCGGGUUGUCUCGAAGCGCCAAGACAGAACGUCGUCCUCGGGUAUUCCUCAUGUUACGCUGAAAAGGCAGUACCGCAUGCAUCCGUCGAUCAGCUUCUUCGCGAGCGAGGAAUUCUACGACAAUGAGCUCGUCAACGCUUCAGAAACUGGCCGCGAUGGCUACACCUUGCCCUCAUCAUCAGACUCGAGGCUUGUGGUCGUGGAUGUGACAGGACCCCACGGCCGGCGCACUGUGGCCCCUGAGGGUGACGCAGUGCUCGACUACGAGCACUCCUUGUGCAACCCUGCGGAGGCUGCUGUUGUUGUGGACUAUGUUCGGUGGCUGCUGAGUCUGGGCGUAGAGCCCGCCAGCAUUGCCGUCAUCACACCCUACAGGGCGCAGGCGGCGCUGAUCACUGAGAGGCUGGAAGGUGUCUCGCCCAUGCCGACUAUAGGCACGGUGCACCUUCUGCAGGGCGAAGAGCGCGAGUAUGUCGCCCUGUCCCUGGUUCGGAGCUUUGCGGAGGCGGACACAGAGGUUUUUGACCCUGUGCCCGCUGCACUUCGGCGAGCGGGCGGACAUCAGCUGGGCUUCCUGAAAGACAGGCGACUUGCCAACGUUGCACUGACGCGUGCGCAGCUGGGCCUGCUGGUUGUCGGCAACAUGCAGGUGUUGUCCGGAGCGCUGCACUGGAAGAACUUGGUCGAGCACGUGAAAGCCGAGAAUGUCGAUGCAUACUGGACGGAGGAAGAGGCGCGAAACUUCCUGACGACCACCGGCUUCCAGGCUCCCAGCCGCGGCGCGGCACGUUGGGAGCAGGAUGCUGGCAUCAGCGGUUCGGAGUCCGAAGGUGGUGAUCCCGAAGAUUCAUCGGGAGGCGGAGAUGAGGAGGAAAGGGACCCUGACGACGAGCCCGAUGCCUUCGAAGAUCCGGUGCCCUCGGCCAGCGAUGCCGAGAGCGCGGACGCACCGGCUGCUCCACCAGCGGAGGCCAAGAGGCAGAGGCGCAAAGGAAAGAAGAAGAAAAAGAGCGGCAAGAAGGCACCUCCGGGGCAAAGCGAGCAACAGGAUCAAGUGCUGGAGGAGGCCGUGGCCGCAGCCGCCUCGUCCUCGCAGUCGGCGCAAACCGCAGCGGCUGCUGUUUCGGAUGGUGCUUUGGCCGUGGAGUGCGUGGUCCGGACCUGCCGGAGGAGGCCACACAAGCCAUCGCCAUUUGCCUCGCAGCAUGGCCUGUGUGCCGAACAUUGGACUGAGCUGUUGAAGGAGAGAGACAUCUUGCAGCGAGAGUUCAACGGAGGCACUUUGUUGGACAGGUUUCUCACGCCGGCGUACUGGACUCCGAAUCCACCUCCUGUCAUGUUGAAGGAGAAGCAGCACAGCAGGCCGUUCUUUGCACUGCUGGUGCGAUUCCUCGAUGACAAGACCCGCCCCCUCCACGACCACUUUGCAACGACUUUUCUCCUCCUCAGCGGUUUGGCUUUUCAACAGGGUACCACUGCUGCUGAGCUCCCAGCCAGGUUAGCCUUGUGGACUGACUGGGAGCCGCCUCCGCUCACGGGACUACUGUUUGCAGCAACCGCUGUGGCGGACUGCGUGGCUUGGGACAAGCUUCCAGCAGAACUGCAGGCCCGGUGGCGUCGCGUGGAGGGCACCUGGGAUCGAGUGCUCCGUAGUGAGCCCUCCCCAGUCUCCGGCGGGAGGGAAGACAUCAAAGCAGCGCAUGUCGAGGAUAUCUUGGCAGUGGUCAUGUUCUGGAAGCACGAGGGCAACGAGUGCCUCAAGAAGAAGGACUUUGCUAACGCCGAUGUGUGCUAUCGUCAGGGCACAGUGUUGAUCAAGGGCCUCCCGCCGGAGUUCGUCACAGACGACAAAGUCUCGAAGGCGAUGGAGCUCGAAGCGGAUCUGCUGAGCAACCACGCGCUCACGCUGCUCAAAGUAGACCGACCGCAGGAGGCACACCCGAUGGCGGCAGAAGCUGCGGAGAUCUUUGAGGAGCUGGGGCCAGGCUGCAACGCCAAGCUCGUGAAGGCUCUCUUUCGCUGCGGCAGCGCCUGCAUGGGCCAGGCCAGGCACACCCACGGCGCGGAUGCCUGCGAGGAGGCGCGCGAGGAGGCGCGGGAGCACUUCACCGAGGCGCUGCGCUUGGACCCCGCCAACGACGAGGUGCAUGUUGCCUUGAGGCUGCUGGGACAACCUGUGCAGGUCGAAGUCGACGAAUGA